AACAUAAUCCUAAUCCUAAAAAAGGAUUAAAAUGUAAAUGUGAUUUUAAAGAUCUUUCAAAAAUUUGCAAUUAUUGUAAUGAAAAUUGUGAAAGACCUUUUACACGUAUUGACAAAGAUCCAAUCAUAUCUGGACCUUUUUUGUUUGCUUUUGAUGAAUCUAAAUUUGAAAAGGAAAAACCAAAUUUUUAUAAAGAAGCGAUUGUUAAAGUUCUAAAAGGAGAAGAUGUAGAUGAAGUUAUUGUUGAUUUAUCUGAAAAUUGUGAAAAAUGGGGACAUACUAUAAAUGGUUUACGUGAUAUUGCAAAAUCACAAAAGAAAAAAAUUAUAAAUCCUCUUAGAAAUAUUAAUCGAUAUUGGGAACCAUGUGUUUUUUAUGUAUAUGGGGAUAAUGGAACUGGAAAAAAUAGAAAACAUUGUCGAUUUGAUGUUAAAUAUGAUAAAACUGAAAUUGUUGGGAUGUAUAUUUGUAUAACUGCAAACGGUCCUAUAGAUAAUCUUUAUAAAAAAUUACGUGAAAGUAAUUUAUCUAUAGAUAUUAAUAUACUAUAUCGUAGAAUUAGAUUUAUUAUAAAAUUUGAAGGAGAACCUAUAGAUCCGAGAAUUGGAGAUGGAGAUAUUUUACGAAUAUAUGAAAAAGGAAAUAAGCAAGAUGUAAAUAAUAGAAUCUUUGAUAUUGAAUUUAAUAGAGGUACAUCUUUAGAUGAAGUUAAAAAAGUAACCUUAGAUCUUGGAAUUGAAGGUGAAAUUUAUCAAGAUAAAUUGACAAAUCUAUAUUAUUGGAGGCGAAUUUGGAAUAACAAGAUUAAUGAAUAUUCAACUAUUGAAGAUAUCGAUGAGAUUACAGAUAGAGUUAUAACACAAAUUCCAAAAUCAACUUCUGAUUCUUCAUUAUCAUCUAAUGACUCUAUUCAAACAAGAAAAAGAAAAAAAGGAAAACAAGUAAUUAAAAAUAAUGAAGUAAUUAAAUCUGAUAAUAUUGAUAUAGAUUUGGAACAAGCACGAAUUAGAUCUAAUUACAAUGAAUUAAAUAAUAAAAAAAGAAAAUUAGAUAAUUUUUUAGAAACUAACAAAUUAUUAGAAGAUAAUAAUUUUGAUAUCAGUGAAAGUUCGAGUAAAGAAAUUAAAAGAAUUAGAAACGAUCAAGGAUUAAAUAGAUUACUCAAAAAGAUUUAG